AUGCAGGAACAACCCUUACGUUUUCCUUCUCUGGAAAGGUCUUCAUUACUUCUCUUACUUUUGGCUAUGAUGGUGUUGAUACAGCUGUCAACACCAAUAAAUUCACAUGCUCUUGAUAUGAAUAUGAAUAUGGACGAACCAAUGAUGAUACAAACAACAACAACAGCAACCACCUCUUCAUCAACAAGUAAUGGUGAACCAACCUUGGUUGUGGAGAGGCCGAAGGAGGCCUUUUGGUCAUUGAUAACGAAUAAUUCUUCCAUGGAAAUGACCGUAAAUAUUACCUUGUACUUGGGAGGUAUUAAUGGUAAUUCUUCAACAAAUGUGAAUUGUGGACAUUCUAUGGAAAAUCCAUGUGUAGCAUUUACUCAACUCUUCUAUUCAUUGAAUGAGACAUUAUAUAGAGAUUAUUCCGAUUUUUUAAAUAUGAAAUCAGUGGAGAGAAAUGUACUUUUAAAAGUUAUUGUUAUUGGAAAUGAACCCUUUUUAUGUGGGCUAGAGUGGUAUCAAAUGGAAGAAUUUGAACUAGUGAGAUUCUUCAUGGAAAUCACUCACUUGGAUGGACGUUCGAGUGUUCUGACAUGUGUUCAGACGUUACCAUUAUUUUCGAAAGGGUUACUAAUUCCAUAUGGAUUUGAAGCAUUAUAUUUACACGAUUUGGUACUGAAUGAUAUUAUUAUUUUCGAUUUAUUCAUUUCAGUGUUGGUGGAGAAUUGUUAUUUUAAUGGUUCAGGAAUUAUGGAUAACAAUACCCCUGGACAAGUGGAAUCCAAUUUGAAAUCUAGAUAUUUCAUUGUAGAAAAUUCAUUUUUUUCAGAAACAAUUGUUGUCAAUUAUAGAAACAAGGUAGUAGUUAAUAGGUCAACCUUGGAUCUAGUCUCUGUUUUCUAUUUAUGUGACGAAGUAAUAAUCUUGGAUAGUAUUGCAAAAACACUGGUCAAUAUUCAGGAAUCGAGUAUAGUUCAUGUGGAGAGAACUAUAUUUAGUGUUGUUCAUACAUUUGCUUGUAAUUAUGUUACAUUUACUAAUUGUGAGACAUCUGAUAUUAACCAGAGUACUAAGCUCAAAGGUGUUUUGCAAAAGUUUGGAGGUAUUAUUUUAAGCAUUUUAGCACAAUCUGGAACUAGUAUCAUAGUGAAGGAUAUUAGAGUCUAUUCAGGAAAGUUAUUUUCCUCUGUUACCUCUUUCCAAAAUGCAAUAUUUGAGAAUAUUACAAUGACAGGAAACGCAAUUCCAUCUCAAGAUCUUGUGAGCGCGUUUCUAAUCUUUAAAGAAAUUGUUUAUACCACACUGAGAAAUAUCAAACUUGAUAAUAGAUUCGCUCACGUACGCGUGGAAUCGUACUCGGUGCUUUCUGUUGUAAAUUGUGAAUUUUCACAGAGGAGACAAUUUGACAUUUACGACAUUUCUGGCAAUGGCUACAGAUCUCAAGUUUUAUUUUCAAACUCAAAAUUUUAUAAUUCAUAUGAUUCAGCAGUGACGAUUCAGUCUGUACAAAGAUUGUUCAUUGAUUAUUGCGAAUUUUAUAAUAAUCUAGCCACUUUCAGUGGAGCAGCUGUUCGUGUGAAAUAUUUGGCAGCUAAUUUGUUCAUCAGGGGAAGCAAGUUUAUUAAUAAUAGAGUUACUUGUAAUUUGUAUCCAAUGUCUAGGUAUGGAGCUUUUUGUGGAGGUGGUGCCAUUUCAAUAGAGUCCGCAGUAAAUGAUGCCAAAUUUACUCCUCCAUACGAAUUUAAUGGCGUAAAUUUCAUUGGAAAUUAUGCAGAUCGUGGUGGUGCCAUCUAUUUUCCAACUGGUUCAUAUCAAUUAAAUUUCCAAUAUUCACAGUUUGUAAAUAAUACAGCAAGACUGAGUGGAGGGGCAAUGUUUUUCAAUCAGGCAACCCUUCCAACUUUAAGUGGAUGUACAUUAAAUGGAAAUGUAGCAGUAAUGGGAAUGGAUAAUACUAUUCCUCUACGAUUAUCCUCAGCAGAAUUCACUGGAAUAACUCCAAAAAUUGUGAAUGGAAAUUAUGAAUUAUUAAUUGGAGAGAGAUACAAUAUUUCAUUUAUUGUAAAAACAACCAAGGAUGGAACUAUAGCACCAUUCUCUGAUGAGAUUUUUGAUUUUUAUUCAUCUUCAUCCUAUAUCAAACUGUCAAACAAGCAGCCUAACAAUAUGAAUUACAUUACAUUCACUAUUAAUGUUUUUGGAAAUGAAACCUUGGAUGAGUAUUUCAAAGUACCUACAAGAAUCAUAAUUGAAAAUAGAUUUAGCACAAUCGAACUACCAAUUCAAAUAGGAAAUUGUAAGAGUGGAACAGCAUUAGAUAAAUCACUGACCCAAGAGGCUAAUGUUUUCAAUUUUGAAUGUAAGAAAAUUCCUGAAUUUCCAGUAGAAACAUACGUUGCAAUUAUUAUUGGAACCUCUCUUUUUUUAUUCAUUCUGGGUAUUUUACUUGGAUUGGGAAUGUAUUGUAUGGUAACGAUCAUCAAAAAAUUAAACAGAUUGAAGAAAAAAGAAAGAGCAGAGCAAGCUAUUGAAAACAAACUCAUUGACAAGAGAAUGCUAUUUGAAUUUACUGAAGAAGAACAGCAAUACUAUGAUAAAGCUUCCAGUAUUGACAAUGGUUCGAGUGGAGGUAGUACCAAGUAUAGAUCUCUCACUAACGAUACAGAGCUUUCCCAAUCAUUAGUGAAAAGCAACUCUAAAACAUCCAAAUAUCAAAAGGACGACUCCUUCAUUAUUCCAAUCGAAGAAAUCACUAUUGAAAAGAGGAUAGGAGAAGGUGGUUCAGCUAAUGUUUUCCUCGGCUCAUGGUCAAAUAUUAAUGUUGCUAUCAAAUCCCUCAAGUAUGAUUUCUCAGAAGGUUCAAUUAACAAUGAAGAGUUUGAAAAGGAGGCUGCAGUUUUGAGUCGAUUGAGACAUCCCAACGUGUUAAUAUUUUACGGAGUAUGUAUGACUGAGAAGAGCAAGUAUAUUGUUACAGAGUACAUGGAAAAUGGUGCAUUGGAUCGAUUUAUUUCCAAUUCGAAAUAUUCCAAUUUCACAAACCAACACUUCCAAAAUGUGUUAAAAAUUUUACUUCACAUAUCUAAUGGCAUGAUUUAUUUACAUUCACUGAAACCAGCGAUUAUUCACAGAGAUUUGAAACCUGGCAAUGUAUUGCUAAACGAUAAGAAUCAGGCAAAGGUUUCAGAUUUUGGUCUUGUGAAACUCGUUAGCAACACUGUUCAAACAAAUAUGACUAAACAAAUAGGUACCAUCUUAUACUGCAGCCCUGAGACAUUUGUUUCUGAUACACAAAUAGAGAAUAAGGAAGCCAGCAAAAUUGAUGUUUAUUCAUUUGCUAUAAUUAUGUGGGAAAUGUUUUUCAGAGCCACUCCAUUCCAACAUGUGAAAAACACAUUUAAAGUUCCACCACUUGUUAUUAAUGGCCAAAGACCUCUCCUUCCCUUUGAUGUUUCGAAUAGAGAUGAGAUUAAUCAAUGGAUUACUACCAAUACUCAACUCUUUACUAAUGAUGAUACAAUUGAAUGCGUGCAAUUAUUCAUCAAUUUAAUGACAGAAUGUUGGAAACACAAUCCUUCAGAGAGGCCUUCUUUCAAUAAGAUUUAUGAAUUGCUUGAGAAUAUUGUGGAGAGAAUUUGA